AUGUGCGUUGUCACCGUAGCAAUAUGUCCAGUAUGCAAAACGAACAAUAGCUCCCCUUACAAGGUAGAAGAAGACGAAUCUAAACUUGAAUGGAAUUAUUGUGACGACCGGGGAACUCCGGGGCACGAAGAAACAUGGGAAACCCCGCUAGGAGGGAGGCGUUGUUCCUCCUGUACGCGAGAUGCCAAAAGACUAGGCGCGGUGAAGAAAGAUUUGGAAAAAGCCGAACUGCGUAAGCAAGAAAAGGAGAAGAGGGAUCAAGAAGCUAUAGAUCAAUAUUUGAAACGAAGAGACACUGAUGAAAGGUCAGAUGAACAAAGGAAGACGGUUCAUGACCUUUGGGGCAUUGGAGGAAAUGGGGAGGGAAGUGCGGGCGGGGCUGCAUGA